UCAACCGAGAAGCGAAGGAGCGAAUAAACCCCCUAAAAAAGCUACGUCCGUUUCUCUACUCUUCUCGUCUAUCGCUUCUACCACCCAUGUCCUCCUUCGUUCCCUACCAUAUGGAGUUCGAGGAGCCCCUCACACGCGAGGAGUACGUCUUCCUCGCCAAGCUCUGCGAGCGGGCGGAGCGCUACGACGAGAUGGUCGGGUUCUUGGAUAAGAUGGUGCUUGGGACGUCGUCGUUGGGGGAGCUCACGGUGGAGGAGCGCAGCCUCCUGUGCAUGGCCUACAAGGGCCUCGUCUGCUCCCCCCGCGAAGCCUGGCGGGUCAUCUCCUUCAUCGAGAAGAACGGGGGAUGCCGGCACGGGGACCACGCCACCAUCAUCAAGGCCUACCGCGCCCGCCUCGAGGCCGAUAUCGCCUCGAUCUGUGGUAGGAUUCUCGGUCUCCUCGACUCCCACCUCAACCUCUCCGCCUGCUCCAUCGACUCCAAGGUCUUCUUUCUCAAGAUGAAGGGGGACUACCACCGCUAUCUCGCCGAGUUCAAGGUUGAGGAGGAGCGGAACAAGGCCAUCGAGGACGCCAUGGCGGCGUAUAAAGAGGCUGAGGAUAUUGCACUUGCGGAUCUUGCACCAACACAUGCUUUAAGGCUGGGGGUGGCACUCAAUUUCUCGGUGUUCUACUAUGAGAUUUUAAAUUCAACAGAGAAAGCUUCUAGAAUGGCAAAACGGGCAUUUGAUUUGGCUAUUGCAGACCUGGACAAUGUGGAUGACGAGUCCUACAAGGAUAGUAAACCUAUUUUGGAGUUUCUGCAAGACAAUUUAAGGGUCUGGACUGAGGAGCGGAUGAGUGAACUAUAGGUGGUAUAUACCAGGUAUUCUCCUUAGGGGAGGUGGACUUAAAUGUCAUGAGUUUGUAAGCAUAUUGGAUCAAACAUAUCAUCCAAGUACAAUAUGAUAUCCGGUAGAAUUUUGCUUCAUUCAGGAUCAAUGAAGUUUUUUUUUUUACUUCA